AUGAAGCUCCCCGAACCCAAAGUCGCUUUGGACAACAUCUGCUCGGUUAUUUACAACAACGUUCUUUACACAUAUUCUGCCGGUGCUUUCCAGUCACUGGCGCUCGAAGAAGGGGCAAAAUGGAAGACAUUGGCGCAAGGCGAGCAAGUAACGGGUGCUGUUUGCGUGGGCUCCAACCCCACUGAUGCUAGCAAGGCCGGCUUGUACAUUGUGGGAGGCAAGGGCACGUCUCAAGACUACCACGGACUCCAAAAGUUCACCUACGCGACCGGAAAAUGGGAGUCCAUCUCACCACAGGACCACGUCACCCAAGACCGACUCCUUCAUGGAGCAACAUAUCUCCCUGGUACCGACCAGAUCAUCAUGUACGGCGGCAGUCAAGAUGGCUACUCUGGUCCUUCAACGCAGACUUUCGUUGUCGGAGCAUCCGCGCCUUACGACACCCGGGCCUACGAAUCUUCAGCACCGCCUGUCGUCAAUCCCAUUGUCUUGACAUGGUCUGACACUCAAGCCGUCGUCAUCGGAGGCAGUACUACAAACAGCAAGAUCAUGCUCUUCAACCCCGACACAAAAUGGACCGAUUCGGGUGCGACGCUCGGGGAACCCUUGAUGAAGGAUACGACAGCGAUACGCGCUAUUAUCAUGAAUGGGGACGACGGAAGCAAGAGUUUGUACACCUUUGAUUUGUCGAUAGCGCCGAAUGUGGUAAAGCGCAUGGUUCUCGUUAACGCGGCUGGCGCCCCUGUGGCCAAUUCCCAACCGGUAUCGAAGGCGAAGGCGCGCAGCGUGGCAGGCGACGUUGAGAAACGCGCCUCCUUGACUCUGAGUGACUGGCCCGCCUACAACAGCACCCUGGCACCCACGGGCACGCGGUCAAACUACGCCCUUGCUCAGGGUUCUGAUGGAACAGUCGUUUUUUCGGGAGGCUCAGGUGCCGCCGACGAUGUUCUAUGCAUUUUCAACGCGCGUCAGAACAGUUGGGAAGACGCCGCCCAAAAGUUGAACGAGCAGCAGGUUUUUGCCACAAGUGAAUCGACUACCAGCAUCAGUGCGAGCUCGACCGCUACGAGCUCCAGCUCCAAGUCCAGCUCUGUGCCUACUCUUCCUGCCUCAGGGUCCGCAUCUGCCUCCGCCUCUCUCUCCGCCUCUGCAUCUUCAUCUACCAGCUCCGAGACUGCUGCUGCUGCUGGUGCCCCCGCCGCGGUCAGUGCCAACGCCAUUCUCGGCAUUGUGCUCGGCACCAUCACCGGUAUCAUGAUUCUCCUCGGUCUAAUCCUAUUCUGCAUCCGAAAGCGCCGUGCCAAGAAUCAGCAAAACGUGGAGGGCGGCCAGAGCCCGAGAGGCAUGAGCCCCAGGGGUUUCCCUGAUGAGAAGGCCGGACUUGGUUACGGCAACGACGAAUUCAACGCUGCUCCUCAAUUGCGUGGUCACCAGCAACAAGACUCGGCCGGGUCGUUCUCUUCCAUGGCGAUCUUGAUGGGCAAGGUUAACGGUAACGCACCCAAGUCCGCCGGUGUUGCCCGUGGCGGAAGCAAGCCCAAUACCAACAGCUUCUUCAAGAGCACCAUCAGCAAGCCACUUCCUCAGAUGAACGAGACACCGGCUCUCGCACCUCCCUCUCGUGAUGAGAAGGGUGUUUCGUUCGCCGCCGACGUAGUCGAGCCCCGUCCUACUCCCCGAGGAGCCCCCGUCGGCCGCGCCGGUGAGACACGUAGAAGCUCCGGCUGGAACCGUUACUGGUCAGGCGGCAGUGCACUUAAUAUUCUCGGAUUUGGCAACUCGAAGCGGACAACCGUUGACUCCGAAACCUCUCACUACUCGAACACUACCAAGAACCGCAUUACACAAGACUCCGCCACCGUCCCUCCUCUGCAUCUCAUUACUCAAGACUUGUCCACCGUUCCGCCCAUUCAGCACGAUGGCCGGCCAGAACUGAGCCGUGUCGUCUCUGGCAGCCCCACGGUGUCAACCUAUUCUACCCAGAUUCCUUUCCGUGAUGGAGUAUCUGGAAAGAUUGAGUCACCCCGAAGACCCACGUCGAACGCGUCUUCCGGAUACUCGAGCGGCAUCCCCGAGAGUGUUCGGGACGCAUGGGAUCCUACCGGCCCUUCAAGACCCUGGGGUGCAGAUCGCGCCCCGAGCAGUGUCUAUGCCGAGAGUCUCUAUCCGACUUCAUUGGCUCCGAGCCUUCCGCAACGGCAAACCCAGACCAGUGCUCCCAACGGUGUUAGCCAACAGCCACCUCUCGACCUGGCAGCAACCUCUUCGGACAUGAGCUGGCUGAACCUUGGUGAGAUCAACAAGCAAAACCUUCGCUAG